ACGGAUAGUCCGACCCAUAAUCUAAUUGUGGUCGGAUCCACAGCGUCAAACGCUCCAUUAAAGAUUACAAAAAGAAGCACUAGUAAUAAUAUAGCAAGAAAAGAAAAACCCCCAAACCUCACAUCCGUGUUUCUCGUUCAUCCUCCAGAGAUGGUGCGAUUACAGCCGGAUCCAUUUCUCAAUGAACUUACAAACAUGUUCGAGCGGACUACAGAAAAGGGCUCUGUAUGGGUUACCUUGAAACACUCUUCUGACAAGUCCAAGGUGCAAAGGAAUAAGAUGAAGACAGCUGGAGAAAAAAUUGAGUAUAGGUGCCUUAUUCGAGCAACAGACGGCAGGAAGACCAUUUCCACAGUGGUCGGGGCAAAAGAUCAUCAACGUUUUCAAUCAAGUUAUGCGACUAUUUUAAAAGCCAGGAUGACUGCCCUGAAGAAGAGGGAGAGAAAAGAUAAAAGAAAGGCAGCAGAUUCUGAUAAAAAACUGGACUCAAAGAAACGAUCUUCUGCUGCUAAGAAAACUUCUAACUGAACAAAAAUUUCCAUUGUUCAUCUCUUUUUGGUGUAUGCCUUCUUACAUUUUGGGCUUUCGACUAACAGAGCUAAAAAUCUUUAUGAUGAAAUUGGAUGGCCGAACUUUUUGCUGGAGGUAUAGAUUAUAGAUUCUUGUUUCCAUCUCUACAGAAUGUUAAGAUGAAUUUCUGCUUUCAGUUUUGUACAUUCAAACUAUUCAAAACAUUCGAGUGGCUGCUAGAGUAUGUUUUGCACUUCCACGCUUGUGACAAUGGGGGCUUGAUUGUUUCAAGGUUCAUUCUUGAAUUAGUCCAAGUCCAUCUUUUGUAUCUUUACAUUUGUUCUUGAAUGGCUUCUUUCAAAGUAGUCGAAGAAACGAUCAUUUGGAA